UUUCACUUUCGUAUCUGUGAAGUUCAAUUGAGUCGACCAUUGUCUUUCAGGCAGCAAAGUGCCGCCACCGUCGUCUUCCGUCUUCCGAGACCGAAAGCGCAUCAGCUUCCAACUUCUGAACUCCAUUACACUCUUCCUCCUCCUUCUCUCUCUAAAACCUUUCCCAUUAUUUUCUCUCUCUGCUGCUUCUUACCAUUCACUCUCCUUCAAUGGCCGCAUUUUCCUUUCCUAAAUCCACUAACUUCUUUUCCACAGCCACCAUUCUCACCCAACCUAAACCCACAUUCGCCUCCUCCACCAAGGUCCGCAUGUCCCUUCAAGAAAACGGGCCCUCCAUGGCCGUCGUCGGUGUCACUGGCGCCGUUGGGCAUGAGUUCCUCUCGGUCCUUUCAGACCGCAAUUUCCCUUACCGCUCCAUCAAGAUGCUCGCGUCCAAGCGCUCCGCUGGCCGUCGACUCACAUUCGAAGAAAGAGAGCAUGUAAUCGAGGAGUUGACUCCACAAAGCUUCGACGGCGUUGAUAUUGCUCUGUUCAGUGCUGGUGGGUCAAUCAGCAGAGAGUUCGGUCCCAUUGCGGUCGAACGAGGGACGAUUGUGGUGGAUAAUAGCUCAGCAUUUCGUAUGGACGAGAAUGUACCACUUGUGAUUCCAGAAGUGAAUCCCGAGGCCAUGGAUCAUAUUAAGCUUGGAAUGGGUACGGGGGCUCUUAUAGCUAACCCCAAUUGCUCCACCAUUAUUUGCUUAGUGGCUGCUACACCUCUUCAUCGACGGGCUAAGGUAUUACGUAUGGUUGUUAGCACAUACCAAGCUGCUAGUGGUGCUGGUGCCGCUGCAAUGGAAGAGCUUGAGCUGCAAACUCGUGAGGUAUUGGAAGGGAGACCACCAACUUGUAAAAUAUUUAAGCAACAGUAUGCUUUUAAUUUGUUCUCCCAUAAUGCAUCUGUCCUCUCAAAUGGAUACAAUGAAGAGGAAAUGAAGAUGGUAAAGGAGACAAGGAAAAUAUGGAACGACAAGGAUGUUAAAAUAACUGCGACAUGUAUACGAGUUCCUGUUAUGCGAGCCCAUGCUGAGAGUGUGAACCUUCAAUUUGAGAAACCCCUUGACGAGGACACAGCAAGAGAUAUUCUGAAGAAUGCUGCAGGUGUAGCGGUGAUUGAUGACCGUGAAUCAAAUCAUUUUCCAACUCCUUUGGAAGUUUCAAGCAAAGAUGACGUUGCCGUUGGCAGGAUUCGCUGUGACAUGUCUCAAGAUGGGAAUCUAGGGCUGGACAUGUUUGUUUGCGGGGAUCAAAUUCGCAAGGGAGCUGCACUUAAUGCAAUCCAGAUUGCUGAGAUGUUACUAUGAGUUCACAUAUUUCAAGGAUGAGAUUCUUACUGGUCACUUUUCCUCUGAGCGAAUCAUUUUUCAAUCUCAUAGUCUGCUUCCUUCAAUGAUAUUUUCUAGCCUGAAGGCCUAUAAUCGUGUAAAAGAAUUAUCUUGUGAGUAAAGGCCUAAUCUUUUCAUUUUGUCUCUAGGAGGAUCACUGAAAUCAUACUGGGGAAGUAUUCUUUUCUUAUGUAUCCUAGGAUUGAAUUAAAUUAUACGCAUCAUAACUUCAUCUUUCAUGCAAACAUUGCAUUAUAUUAGGUAGUCUUUUACAUUAAAUAAUUUAUUUUUUUCUUUCCCAUCU